GGAAAAACAAAGGCCGAACUUCUCUCUUCUCUGCCGAGGCCCGACUCGACGAUCUCUUCUCAUCCCCUUUCUCCCCAACCCUAGCGCGGCGGCGGCGGCGGCGGCUUAGGGCUAUGGAUGGAGGCGAUGCAGUGGAUGGAGACGGCCGCGGAAGACGGCCAGGGCGCGGCGGACAUGUCAGGCCUUGGCGUGGCUGUGGAUCCAGCGCUGGUGACUGAUGGCGACGGCGAGGCUACGGCGGGCUUGGGCCAGGGCGCGGCUGCGGCUGUGGAGGGGGCGGGUGAGUGCGCGGCUGACGGUGGCAAUGGCGCAGCUUCUGCAGGUGGCGGUGGGUCGGUUGCAGCGGGAUCAGGCCAGGGCGCAGCAGUGACUGGGGGCUCGGCCGCCGGGGUGGCUGGAGACUCCGGCCAGGGCACUGCUGGGUCGGCCUCGGCAGCACGGCUCGGUUGGCACUCCAACAGUGAUGAAUCCUGGAAAGUGUGCCUAUGCUUGGUUGUAAUCUCUCAGGUGGCCAUAUCAUUUUUAGUCCUGCUUGCUGUUCUGUGCAGCUGGAGAACUCCAAGUUCCCAAAUGCCAAAAUAUUCUAACGCUGGAAUUAGAAAUACGGACAACACAUGUUCUUGGUGCUGCUCAUGUCAUGUUGGGUGGACUUGCACUCAUGUAUGUGAUUCUAAAGUCACUUUUGUGCUACUCAUGGCAUGUAUGUAUGGACUUGGAUUAUGUAUGUGAAGUUGUAUAUGAUGAGUCAUUUUUGUGUUGCUCA